AGGGUGUGAUUAGCAAACCCUAUGUUUAAAUUUGGCAAAUUUAAUGAGGGCAAGCUUCCAUGAUCCGAAGGUUUCUACAGGACCUCUGGUAACUUUUGGUAAAUGAUUUUUUUGUAUCAUUUAUAUGACAAAUUAAAUUCUAAAAUCCACAUACAUUCCACAUGAUUUUUGUUAUUUUUAGGGGUGCAUUAGUUUGAUCGCUUAGCACAUGCAUCCGUUUUCUUGUUUGUGUGGUAGUGUAGUAGUUUGAUUAUUGGGUUUGUUCUUUUUAAUUCAACGAACAAAAGAGGGGCGAUGUGCCCGUUUGAAGUGAUGAAGGUUAGACCAGAGAAUACAAAAGAAAGCACGAAAAAGAAGUCAAUCAAUUGCUUAAAACAACUGAUUGUAGGAAGAAAGGAUAUUACAGGAAAUCAGGCUUAAUGGUCCUCUAAGCAAAGCAAUCAAGUCGGAAAGCAACUCCUUUUUCACUCAAAAGGAGUACUAAACUUUUGUUGGUUUUGUCAAAAAUGAACUCUGCAGAAAAGAAUACCUUACCCCAGCUCAAAAAGCCUUUUACUAAUAGGGGAAAAAACCUUGAGUACCCUUUUGAGGUUUACACGUCUUUCAAUUAUGUUCAUAGAAGAGGACAUGGUGCUCGGCAGGGCAAAUCACAAAUGCCCAUUAUAUCAUACUGGGUACAUUGGAGAAGCACCAUUACCCUUUACGCAAGUUGAUCCGGGAUUGGCAGGGAAUGAGAUGAGUUUGAGCUUUUAUUAAUGCUUGUUCAUGAAGUGCUGGCUACGAGAAGCGAAGGCAGAAUGAUCGUGGGAAUGCUUGAUCAGUGAGGAAAGUUGGCUCGAGCGGCUGAAGACGUUGAUGCUUGACAACACUUCACAACCCUCUAAAGGUCGUGUAUCACCUGUUGGAGGAUCAGCCGCUCUAUCCUUUCCCUCUGGAUUGUGGUCCAUCCAUCACUUGAUCUAUGACCACCUUUGCUUGUGCACUUGAGUCUGCUCUAUUAGAUACUACUUUCGUUACUUGACUUGCACGUUGGUUGUUUGCUCGACCGACGGCCUUUGUUCCAGGAAUCAUUGAUCUUGAAUGAACUUGAAUUAGUGUGAGGAGGGCAAAAGAGAGAAUUUAAUUUGUAUCCAGUCAUGUAUUCUGUAGUUACAGUAGAUUAAUACACAAUCUAUUAAAAAAAAAAAAAAAAAAAUUACUUCUUAAUCGUAAAAUACUUGCACAAAUAGCUAUAUCAAAUAGGAAUUGUCGGAUUGGAUGCAUUUAUGCGCGUCGAAAUUAGAUUCUCAAGUGUUUAACCCAUUAUAGCGUAGUCCUUAACGGCAAUGGCGAUUCUUGGCCCACACCUCACAUUAAACACCAUAUGGUUUGGACUAAACCAAUACAUGGCCUGGUCUGAUGUUGGAGACAUAGAAAGAGAGCAAAAAGCUUGAUUAAUUCAUGGAUUCCUCAACUCUUAAACCGAGUCUAGCCAACCUUAUUGGGUUUGCCACAUGGCAGCUUAGUUGGCAUUUCAAAACUAUACUCCAAGGUUUGUAAUAUUUGCCCUAAUCCUAACUCAACUUAGUUGGACCGGAAGAUGGUCAAACCGUGUGGCCAUAGUAUUUACUAAUUACAGCGUAAAAGGUGUUCCUUCUCUAUUUCUGUUAUCGGUUCUGCUCUGCUUUCCUGCCGAGAUGAUGAUUGGACUAUCACGCGGUGUUCUUGUAGCGUCGGCCACAGUUGACGUUAGAUUUAAAUUUUCAAAUAAGCCCACAACCAUUGAAACCAGAAGGAGCCCAAAUCAAAGGGAAAUAGAUUCUUCUCGACUUGUCGUGGAGUCUAAAAGCCUUAAUCGGAGAAGAUCCUCCAGCUUUACUGGAAGAAGAUAUAGAGUUUUGAUUUUGGAAGAGAUGGGUUCGAUGGGGAUGCAAGAACAAUUCGAAGAACAGAGGAAGCCGAGAAUUCUAUGUCUUCAUGGCUUCAGAACGAGUGGUGAGAUCAUGAAGAAACAGAUCCACAAGUGGCCGAAAUCUGUUAUGGAAAAAAUGGAUCUUGUCUUCCUCGAUGGACCUUUCCCUGCGGAAGGGAAAUCUGAUGUCGAAGGCAUAUUCGAUCCUCCGUAUUACGAGUGGUUCCAAUUCGACAAAGAUUUCGUGGAGUACAGAAACCUCAACAAAUGUCUUGCUUACAUCGAAGAGUGUAUAAUCAAGAACGGACCUAUCGAUGGUCUUAUGGGUUUCUCUCAGGGAGCAAUUCUCUCCGCUGCUUUGCCAGGUCUGCAAGGGAAGGGGAUGGCUUUGUUGAAGGUUCCUAAGAUUAAGUUUCUGAUAAUAAUUGGAGGAGCGAAGUUCAAGUCGGCUUCAUUGGCGGAAAAGGCUUAUUCCUCUCCCAUUGACUGUCCCUCCCUCCACUUUCUCGGUGAGACGGACUUCUUGAAGCCAUACGGUAUUAAACUGAUGGAGUCAUUUGUCAACCCAGUAACAAUUCAUCACCCCAAAGGCCACACAGUGCCCAGGCUUGAUGAAAAAAGCUUGGAGUUGAUGCUGAGCUUCCUAAAGAGUAUUCAGAAUAAGUUGUCUACCGGUGAACCUUCCUACAAAGAAGAAGAGAGGGCAGCAUUUUGAAUUGGAUGAACCCCUCCCACUUUCUUUUUCUCCUUGAUAGGAUUUUUUUUUUUUUUUUUUUUUUUUUUUUUUUUUUUUUUUUUUUUUAAGAUAGAUCUACAUUCUUUAUUAUUGCUCAUGCAGGUAGCAAUGCUAUACACUUUACGAGUAAUCUGGAUUUUGUAUGUUGUAAAUUGUAACCAUUAUAUAUUUAAGAGAUUUUCUUAUUGAAAUGUUUUAAAUAA